AUGGUCUACUACUUCACCUCGAGCGCCGUCGAGCCCCCGGGCUUCAUCUACGUCGGCAAGGACAACGCGCACGUCUACCUCCGGAUGCGCGAGGGCCAGAGCUGGGACGCCCUCCCCGACGCGCUCCUCGCGGACCUGGCGCAGCUCACAAAGGCCAAUUCCAUAGAGGGCAACAAAAAGGACAACGUGGCCGUCAUUUACACGCCGUGGUCCAACCUCCGCAAGGACGGGUCCAUGGACGUCGGGCAAGUGUCCUUCAAGGACGCGCGCAAGGUGAGGCGCGUGCUCGUCGCGGCGCGCGAGAACCCCAUUGUCAACCGGCUCAACCGGACGAGGGUCGAGCAGAGGCCGGACCUGAAGCAGCUGCGGGACGAGCGCUUGGCCGAGCUGCGGCGGAGGGAGCAGGCCGCUGCGCAGACGAGGAGAAAAGAAGAGGCGAGGCAGGCGCAGGAGUGGAAGGAGAGGAAGUGGGCUAAGGACCAUGCGUACGACGACAUGUUUACCGAGGAGAACAUGGCGGGGUCGAGUAAUCGCGAUCGCGGGGCGGACUGGGAAGACGACUUUAUGUGA